UAUCCAUCACAAUUUCGGGCUCUUAUUUCAUUUCUCGUCACGUAAAAUAAAUGAAUUUCUAGAGAGAGAAAAUUCCAGACCAGGGGGGAAAGUGUCUAAACAAAAAGGAUUCUGUGUGCAUAGAUGGCGACGCCGGAGAUACAGAAUGCCGGCUUUUCGGUGAUGGCAGCGGCACCGGCGGCUGCUCCGGUUGAUCAGAGCAGUCACUCGGCUGCGGCGCUGAGUGUUUCCUCGCCAAUUCGAUUUUUUUUGUUCUUUCAUAAGGCUAUUCGUAGCGAGCUGGACGGAAUUCAUCGGUCGGCAAUGGCUUUGGCCACGAAUGGAAGUGGAGGUGAUAUCAAGCAGUUGAUGGAGAAGUGGCAUUUCUUGCGCUCGAUUUACAAGCACCACUCCAAUGCAGAGGAUGAGGUUAUCUUUCCUGCGCUAGAUAUCCGUGUAAAGAAUGUUGCAAAGACUUAUUCCCUUGAGCAUGAGGGUGAGAGUCUGCUUUUUGAUCAGUUGUUCUCACUGCUGGACAAUGACAAGAGAAAUGAAGAAAGCUAUAAGAGAGAGUUGGCGUCUUGUACAGGAGCACUGCAAACAUCCAUCAGUCAGCAUAUGUCCAAGGAAGAGGAGCAGGUCUUCCCAUUGCUGAACGAGAAGUUCUCAUUUGAGGAGCAGGCAUCAUUAGUUUGGGAAUUUUUGUGCAGCAUUCCUGUAAAUAUGAUGGCAGAAUUCUUGCCAUGGCUUUCAUCAUCAAUUUCACCAGAUGAGCGGCUGGAUAUGCGUAAAUGCUUGCACAGAAUAAUUCCUGAUGAAAAGUUGCUUCAACAGAUUAUAUUUACCUGGAUGGAUGGGUCAAAAAUGCGCAGUAAGCGUAAAUGUUAUGAAGAUGAUCCUAGACAGUCUAGUAGCUCUGCUACUCCAACUGAAAAUGGACUCUGCUCCUGUGAAUCUUACCAAAAUGCUGAAGGAGGCAUUCAGUCUGCUCAAAAUGCUAUCAGUUCUUCGCUAUAUUGUCCAAUGGAUGAUAUAUUGCAUUGGCAUAAGGCAAUCGAGAAGGAAUUGAAUGAUAUAGCCGAAGCAGCUAGAAGUAUAAAAUUAACUGGAGAUUUCACUGAUCUGUCUGCAUUUAAUAGGAGGCUGCAAUUUAUAGCUGAAGUUUGCAUUUUCCAUAGCAUUGCUGAGGACAAAGUUAUAUUCCCUGCGGUAGAUGCAGAAAUGUCUUUUAUACAGGAGCAUACAGAAGAAGAGAGUGAAUUUGACAAGUUCAGGUACUUGAUAGAGAGUAUUGAAAAUGCUGGAGACAACUCGUCGGCAGAUUUUUAUUCAAAAUUAUGCUCGCAGGCUGAUCACAUAAUGGGAACUGUGAAGAACCAUUUUCGCAAUGAGGAAAUUAAGGUUCUUCCACUUGUCCGGCAGCAUUUUAGCCCUGAACGGCAGCGAGAACUUCUGUAUAAAAGCUUAUGUGUGAUGCCAUUGAGAUUGAUCGAAUGUGUCUUGCCAUGGUUGGUUGGGUCAAUGAGUGAAGAAGAAGCUCGUUGUUUCCUUUAUAAUAUGCAUAUGGCAGCUCCAGCAUCAGAUGCUGCUUUGGUAACUCUGUUCUCUGGUUGGGCAUGCAAAGGUUGUCCUGGAGGAAUUUGUUUGUCUUCUACUUCAGUCGGUGGUUGUCCGGCAAAGGAACUGAAAGAAACCCAAGAAAAUUUCGGAAGGUCUUAUCGCUACUGUGCUUGUGCAAGUACGUUGAAUGGAAGUACAACUUGUGGCCCAGCACGCAAGUGUGAGAAGACAAUGAAGGAAAGAAACUUAGAUUCUUCAUUAGAAAGCGUUGCAUUUUCAGGAGCAAAAUCCCAAAAUACUUCUCUCAGUAACCAGUCUUGUUGUGUUCCUGGUCUAGGAGUCAAUAGCAAUACCCUAGGGAUGAACUCCCUAGCCUCUGCAAAAUCUUUACGUUCUUUAUCUUUUGGUGCAACUGCCCCAUCUCUCAACUCCAGUCUUUUCAACUGGGAACCAGAAACUAGCUCCAGUAUCAGUGGCCUCACAGCACGACCUAUUGAUAACAUUUUUAAGUUUCACAAAGCAAUUCGGAAGGAUUUGGAAUUUUUAGAUGUUGAAUCUGGGAAACUUAGUGAUUGUGAUGAAAGUUUCCUCAGACAAUUCAGUGGUAGAUUUCGUCUUUUAUGGGGCUUAUACAGAGCACACAGUAAUGCGGAGGAUGAUAUUGUAUUCCCUGCCUUAGAAUCGAAGGAAACUCUUCAUAAUGUUAGUCAUUCUUAUACUUUGGACCACAAGCAGGAGGAAGAAUUGUUUGAGGAUAUCUCUUCUGCGCUAGCUGAACUAUCUCAACUUCAUGAAAAUUUGAAUGUAAAAGAUGUGGCUGGAAAUUUGAGUGAAAGUCUAUCUGAUUCUUCAAGUUGUGUUAAUGGUUUGAAAAAAUAUAAUGAGCUGGCAACCAAGGUUCAGGGCAUGUGCAAAUCUAUUAGAGUGUCUUUAGAUCAUCACGUUAUGCGUGAAGAGCUUGAGCUUUGGCCAUUGUUUGAUAGAUAUUUCUCUGUGGAGGAGCAGGACAAACUUGUUGGUCGCAUAAUUGGCACAACUGGAGCAGAGGUACUUCAGUCAAUGCUGCCUUGGGUAACUUCUGCUCUUACUUUGGAAGAGCAAAAUAAAAUGAUGGACACAUGGAAACAUGCAACCAAGAACACGAUGUUUAGUGAGUGGCUUAAUGAAUGGUGGGAAGGAACUCCAGCUGCAUCUUCACAGGAAUCCACAUCAGGAAAUAGCACAUCACAAGAAUAUGAUAUACAUGAAUCCACGGACCAAAGUGAUUAUACAUUUAAGCCUGGGUGGAAAGAUAUUUUCCGAAUGAACCAAAAUGAGCUUGAAUCAGAGAUAAGGAAGGUGUCUCGCGAUUCAACUCUUGAUCCACGAAGAAAAGCUUAUCUUAUUCAAAAUCUAAUGACCAGUCGCUGGAUAGCUUCUCAGCAAUCAAAAACUGAUGAAGCUGAAGAUGGAGAAUUGCUUGGAUGUUUGCCAUCGUUUCGUGAUUCUGAGAAAAAGAUCUUUGGAUGUGAGCAUUACAAAAGAAACUGCAAGCUUCGUGCUGCUUGCUGCGGGAAGUUAGUUGCAUGCAGAUUCUGCCAUGAUGAAGUCAAUGACCAUUCGAUGGACAGGAAAGCAACGUCUGAAAUGAUGUGUAUGAAUUGCCUAAAAAUUCAGCCAGUUGGACCAGUUUGCAUAACCCCAUCCUGCAAUGGGCUUGCAAUGGCAAAAUAUUACUGCAGUAGUUGCAAGUUCUUUGAUGAUGAACGGGAAGUUUAUCACUGUCCUUUCUGCAAUUUAUGCCGUGUGGGAAAAGGGCUUGGUAUAGACUUCUUCCAUUGCAUGACCUGCAAUUGUUGUUUGGCAAUGAAACUAGUGGACCACAAGUGCAGGGAGAAAGGUCUUGAAACCAACUGCCCAAUAUGCUGCGACUUUUUGUUCACAUCAAGUACAGCUGUGAGGGCUCUUCCCUGUGGCCAUUACAUGCAUUCUGCUUGUUUCCAGGCAUAUGCUUGUGCGCAUUACAUUUGUCCUAUUUGCAGCAAAUCAAUGGGAGAUAUGUCGGUCUACUUUGGCAUGCUUGAUGCUUUAAUGGCUUCUGAAGUUCUUCCAGAAGAAUACAGAAACCGGUGUCAAGAUAUACUGUGCAAUGACUGUGAUAGAAAAGGAACUGCACCCUUUCAUUGGCUGUAUCACAAGUGUAGCUUUUGUGGGUCAUACAAUACCCGAGUAAUUAAGGUCGAUCGAGAUCCUAUUUGUUUGACAUAGUCCACUUGGGUGAAAUUUCCGUUCUUCAAUCAAUUCGUUUACGUGUAUAAAAAGUUGGUGGUACCACGUGGGCAAUUAUGUAAAUGCAGUUCUUAUAUAGCAAAAUUUUGACAUUUUUAGGCUGAUAGAUUAAGGUUUAGUUAGAUCAGUUAAGACAGGGAACUGCAUUCUACGUUUUCACUGCAUAGCUACCGUCACUGGGUUUCGUGGAUCUGCAUUUACGUUUUUGUUUUUUGGUUUUUUGCUGCAUAGUCACCGUCAUUGGUUGUCCUGGAUCUGGUAGCCUUUGAUCUCUGUCCAUUCCUUCUCCAGACUAACAUUGAUGAUAUGAACAUUGGGUGAGGGAUCUACCAUUUCAUUUGAAAA